AUGACGACUGAGACCAUCUAUGGGAACUCGCAAUUCCAGAAGCCCUCCUCUCUAUGCUGGACGUGGGAGUCACCCGGUGGAGGGUACCGUAAUGAAAUAGACCACAUCAUCGUCAAUAAAAGGUUUUGCCUGACGGACGUCGCUGUUGCACCAAAGUUCUAUACGGGAUCGGACCAUCGCCUCCUCCGAGGAAGAUUUUCCUUCACAAGGAGAGCAGAGAAAGCUGCCAAGUUCAGAGAGAGAAAUCCCAGGACUACCAUCAACUGGGAUCUCUUCGUUACGCUAGCCGGCUUUUGGGAAGAUUCCGCAGUGGACAUCAUCGACGAGGAAUAUGACCGGCUUGUUGAACACCUUCACGACUGCGCGAAGAAGGCUGAGAGUUUUAAAACCACCAAGAGGCGCCUGUCUCUUGAAACUCUUGAGCUGAUACGCCAGCGUGGAGCAGCACGAGCCGCAGGGAACCAAGAACUCACGUCCGAGCUCGCAAGGCUUUGCAGAGAGGCGAUAAAGGAAGACCUUAAAGAGAGAAGAGCAGAAGUGCUGGCUGAAGCUGCAGAGGUGGGAAAAAGCAUUCGCUAUGCCCGUCGAGACUUCGCCAGUCACAAGACGAGGAUGACUGCUCUCCGGAACCCAAAGGGAACAACCAUUGCAUCGAGGAGGGGGAUGGAGAAAAUCAUUUACGACUUCUACUCUCAUCUCUUCGACAGCCAUGUCCUCUUGGCUCCUCACCAUCUGAGGGAAGACGGACAUGUCAUUCCAGAAGUUCUCCCGUCCAAAAUACGACAUGCUAUCAUGUCGAUAAGAAAUCGCACGGCACCUGGUCUCGACAGAAUAGGAGCAGAACACCUGAAGAACCUUCCGCCAGUACUCAUCAACACUCUGGCGAGGCUCUUUACACGUUAUCUGUCGGAAUGCAAGGGAGAUCCACAUGACAUCGGCAACUAUCGUCCAAUCUGCCUACUGUCCGUCAUCUACAAGCUCUUUACAAGAGUAAUCCUUAAUAGGAUUGAAAAAGUCUUGGAUGAAGGACAGCCAUGCGAGCAAGCAGGGUUUCGAAAAGGAUUCAGCACUAUUGACUACAUUCACACUGUUUCGAAACUCAUCGAGGUAUCACGAGAGUACAAGAUGCCGCUCUGUCUCACCUUCAUCGACUUAAAGAAGGCCUUCGACUCAGUUGAGACGGAAGCGGUCGUGGAAGCCUUGGACAACCAAGGCGUUCCUACUCAGUACAUAAAGGUACUUCGAGAGUUGUACAGUAAAAUCACGACCGGAAUUUCGCCAUUCUACAAGAAUAUCAUCAUUGACGUGAAGAGGGGGGUUGAUGGUCGGCAGCUACACCAUUUGCGCUUUGCUGAUGACAUCGUACUGAUAACACCUAGCAUCAGCCAAGCGGAACGAAUGCUGACCGAAUUCGACGAAACAUGUGGAUGCAUCGGUCUUCAGCUGAAUCUACAAAAGACGAUGUUCAUGCGGAACGGACGGGUCUCGGAUGCCCCAUUCACGCUCAACGGAACGAACAUAUCCGAAUGCACCAGCUACGUUUAUCUGGGUCGGGAACUGAACUUGAUGAACGACCUGACCCACGAGCUGGGCAGGAGGAGACGAGCGGCUUGGGGAGCGUACAAGAGCAUCGAGGAUGUAGUGAAGAAGACCAGGAACACCCGGCUCUGUGCUCACCUCUUCAACAUUACCGUACUUCCUGCUUUGACCUAUGCUUCGGAAACCUGGGCAUUUCGCAAGCAGGAAGAAAACGCGGUGAGCGUCAUUGAACGCGCAAUUGAGAGAGUGAUGCUAGGAGUAUCCCGUUUCACGCAAGUGAGGGACGGGAUUCGAAGUUCUCUCCUUCGUCAGCGAUCGAAGAUUAGAGACGCCGCCGCGUUUGCCAAGGAAAGUAAAAUAAGGUGGGCCGGACACGUGAUGCGCUUUAACGACAACCGUUGGACCAGAGCCGUGAGCGACUGUGUCCCCCGCGAUAUUAAGCGCACUACAGGAAGACUGCCGACCCGAUGGUCAGAUUUCUUCACAAAGUCCUUCAAAGAAAAAUAUGAUGCUCUUCGUGUCCCACGCGAAAAGAGUAACCACUGGGCUACUCUGACACGCGAUCGGGACAAAUGGAGGAAUUACUGGAGCCCGCUCGACCACUUCGAAGAUCAACGGGAGUCAAGGUGA